AUGACGUGGGAGACGCACAUAUUCGCGGCGGCAUUUGGCGCGUUGGUACCGUCGUUCCUGCUGAUCCUGCAGAUGGAGAAGCAGUGGGUGCGAGAGCUCCCUCCACAGUGCAGCGGUGUGUUGGAUAGCGUCUUUUGGCUGCUUCCGGGCGCCACUUUCCCGCACUUGGAGUGUCUGGGCGUGUCGGGGAGAGCGUUGUAUGUGGACUUUUACAUCUUCGACCUGUUUCUCUUCCCAAUCAUCUACUCGACUGCUUUAUUGGGACUUAUGCGUCGUCUGUGGCCGAACAGCCAACUUGUCUGGACGUUGCCUGUCCUGGCAGCGACAAGUGACGUGGUGGAGAAUGUUUCCAUCCUGAACUUGCUUAGGCUCUUCCCCGAACGGUGGGAGAUGCUCGAGAACGUCGUGAGUAUUGCCACCAGAAUCAAGUGGGUCGCUGUGCUGUCGGCGGACAUAUUUGUAGUCGUUGGGGCAUUGAAGUUUUUGGCUGGAGGGGCUGACACCAAGUCGUCGAAGAGCAGCAAGGGCGAGUGA